CAUUUACUUUCGAUUGAUCAAGUUGCCAGUCAAUUGAAAACUAACAUUGAACGUGGAUUGACUGAAGAUGAGGCUAAACAAAGACUAGACAAACUUGGUUUGAAUGAAUUGAAAAAAACAGGAGGUGUAAAGAUUUGGAAAAUUCUAUUGAGACAUACUUUUGGUUUUAUGAAUAUUGUUCUGCUUGCUGCGUUAGUUAUUGCAUUUGCAGUUCAAGAGUGGAUUGAUGGAGCUGUUAUUGGUUUUAUUAUUCUUGUAAAUGUUGUAAUUGGUUUUGUUCAAGAGUUUAGAUCUGAGAAUUCCAUGCAAAAAUUGAAAUCACUUCAGGAAACAACUUCCACAGUCAUUAGAGAUGGAAGAGUUGUAGAAAUCAAAUCAAAAUUUCUAGCUGUUGGAGAUUUAAUAGAGCUUAAUGAGGGAGAUCACAUUCCUGCUGAUUGCAGAGUUGUCUAUUCAGCACAAUUAUCAUGUCUAGAAUCUAUUCUGACAGGAGAGUCAGAACCUAUUAAGAAAAAUCCACAAACCAUUGUUCCUAAACCACUUCCUGAUUACAAUGUAUUGGGUGAUAGAUUUAAUAUGGUUUUUGGAGGCACAGUGAUUACAAAAGGUAAAGGAAAAGCAAUUGUUACUUGCACUGGAAUGAAUACAGAAUUGGGUGCUAUUGCUCAAUCUCUUAAUAAGUCCAAUGACAGCAAGUUCAAGAAUGCUAUUGUGAAAUUUUUUGCUCCUAGUGGAUCAAGAUUACAAAAGAGAAUGGGUUUACUAGGUAUCGUGUUGGUAUUUGCUGGAUUAAUUUGUACUGGACUGGUUUUAUUGGGUGUUUAUAUUCAUGGAACAAUUCCAAUCAUUCCAGAUGGAUUGAAGAUUGGUGUUUCAACAGCUGUUGCAGUAAUUCCUGAAGGAUUGGCUCCUGUUCUUACAUUGACAAUGACAAUGGGAGUUUUAAAGAUGGCCAAGAACAAUGCUAUCGUUAGAAGACUCGAUGCUAUUGAGUCACUGGGUAAUAUUACAGAUAUUUGUACUGACAAAACAGGAACACUCACUGAGGGAAAGAUGAGUGUUCGAGAAGUGUAUUUGAGCGAUGAAUCAGAGUUGAGUGUUGUGAAAACUGUCUCCCCACCAUCUGCCAAUCAUGAACCUCAAAGAUCAGUUACUGAAUUGAUCAAUGAUAGAGGAGUAGUGGUAAAUAUCGACUCAAAUCAAUUACUAACCAUUUUCCUCACCAUUUCCUCCUUGUGUAAUGGUGCAAAUAUAGUCAAGACAAAUGAGAAGGAGAAUCAAGAGAAACCCAAUCCAAAUCAAAAUAAGAAAGCUACAGAAGAAGAAUUUGUUGGUGAUCCAACAGAAAUAGCUCUCCUAUCUCUUUCGACAUGUUAUGGACUCUCUAAGGAAAAGCUAAUUCAAGACAGCUCAUUCACAUUUCAUGAAGAAUUCCCAUUCGACAGCACCCUGAAAAGAAUGACAGUUCUUUACAAGAAGAAUGGUCAUGAAUUUAUAUUAACUAAGGGUGCUCUAGAGCAAACAUUACCACUCUGCAGUUACAUGUGCUCAAAUAGUGAUAACAUUUCCAUAUUAUCGGAAAUAUCUGAACAGGAUGCAGAAAAGAUUAAAUACCAAGCAGAGGGAAUGGCUAUGAAGGGGUUGAGAGUUCUUUCUCUUGCUUUUCGUCAAAAUGCAAGUUUCGAAACAAUUACUCAAAGAGAAGAUGCAGAACGCCAAUUGACCUUUGUAGGUUUGGUUGGAAUUCAAGAUCCACCUCGAGGUGGUGUACAUGAGGCAAUCAAACUUUGUCAACAUGCUAAUUUGACUGUGAGAGUAAUAACUGGUGAUCACAAAAUAACAGCCAAAGCAAUAGCACACGAAUGUGGAGUCAUUGAAGCCGAUGACGAAGAUCUUGUCAUGAACGCAAGUACAUUUGAUAGUAUGUCAGAUCACGAACUGAGAUUAUUACCAGAUUUACCCAGAGUAAUUUCGAGAUGUACACCAGGCACUAAGGAAAGAAUGAUUGAAGCUCUCCACGCCAGGAAGAAAUAUGUAGCCAUGACAGGUGAUGGUGUGAAUGAUUGUUCCUCUAUUAAGGCAGCUGAUGUUGGAAUUGCAAUGGGAAUUACAGGUAGUGAUGUGACCAAGGAAGUGGCUGAUAUCGUUCUAACUGACGAUGACUUUUCAACUAUAGUUAUUGCAAUUAAAGAAGGAAGACACAUGUUUGAAUCUAUCAGAAAGUUUACAAUCCACUUGUUAUCUGGUAACGUAUCACAAACUAUAUUAUUGGUAGUUACUGCCUUGUCUGGAUUGCAGGUUCCUCUCAAUUCCAUUCAAAUUCUAUGGCUUAACUUGGUUACUGGAACAGGACCAUCAUUUGGAUUGGGAAAAGAAAAGGUAAGAAAUGAUAUAAUGGCUCCUGGAUUCAAUAGUGGUAUGUUCACAUUCGAAACCAUAUCUGAUAUUCUAGCCUAUGGGAUAGUUAUGGGAAUGCUUGGAAUGGCUAACUUUUUAUUGGCAACAAUGGUUUGGGGAAGACCUUUGAUUGAGGCUCAAUCACUUACCUUCGUUACAGCCACUUGCCUGUUGCUACUCCAUGCAUACACAUGUAGACAUUUGAGGAAGCCAUUCUUUGAGGAUGGUUUCUAUGAGUGUUGGGUGUUACAUUUAUUUGUCUUUUUAGGAUUGGUUUCAACCAUUGCAACAUUAUAUAUUCCUUGGGUAAAUUCUAAUAUUUUUCACCAAGUUCCACUUAACAACCCAAUAGAUUGGGUAUUUGUAUUAUUUGCAGGAUUAUUACUCGUGAUUUUUUCAGAAGUUUACAAAGGAAUUAAGAGA